AUGUCUCGGACCGCGCAAACGACCUGCUUCUCUGCAAACAGACUCAACAGCACUACCUUUGUCAUCUGUGAAGAUGACAAAUGGAGCGAGAAUCCACUCAUUUACGCGAAACUCUUUCCGAAUAGCUUGGUACUGAUCGACACUGGCUGUGGCGGCGCAGCCAAGGAUCCAACCGUUGAACUCAAAUCUCUGCGGACUUUCAUUGAGACUUACCCGGUGGCUGAUAACGAAGACGAGCCGCUGAAUAAGGAUGGCUCGAGGAACUAUGUCGUGAUUUGCACCCACUGCCAUUACGAUCACAUCGGCGGCAUCGAAGAAUUCACAGAUAGCGAGAGUGCGAUAUGGGCGAGCUCAUUUGACAAGGACUUCAUUCAAGGGGUAGACCGCCUUCCAGAAUCCUCUCUUUGUCGCUUCGUCGGUAUGGAGACACCAAACUACCAAGUCACAGAAUGGGCCAAUAAUGGUCAAAGCCUGGUAAAUAGUCAAGGUGAGGAUUUGGGGUUGAAGCUUUACCACACGCCUGGCCACACUCCGGACCAACUGGCCAUAUGGGACCACCAAGAGCGAUUCCUUUUUGUCGGUGACUCUAUCUAUGAGUGGGCGGCCAUCUUGUUUCCGCGGGAAGGAAACGUCACAACCUACAGUAAGACUAUCGGGAAAUUGAAGAAGUUGGUUCAAGGAUGGAAUCAAGAAGCCGGUGAGGAGUCUUGCUCGCUUGAAGACUUUCACGCUGAUAGAGGCUAUAAGGGCAUCAAUCGAGAAGAGCAGUCGGAAUUGUAUGAGGAUGGAAAUGGGCGCAUUUCUUUCUUUGGAAGUGCAACUGGCUUUACAGCCCUACGGAACAAUGCAGAAACAGUCGAAGAGAUGCGUAAGCGGUGCGAACUUUGA